ACUGCAUGAUAGAAUCCCCCGGUGAAAGGGUCAUAUAUCAUCAUCGCAAGCUCGACGUGUAGUCUUGCAAUUGUCAAUGUGUUGUUUCCUCUCUUUAAAUCGUAAUGUGUGCUGUCCAGAUAUGAACAUAUGUCGUUCUGUGUUUCCUACGACUCUUCUGGAGGUACCUAAAUCGUUGCAAACCGUGGUUUGGGAGCCGACCAGCCUUCAUGCAGGUGCACGUUAAGAUGGGGCUGGUGGCCCUGUUAGCGGGGUCCGUCAUCAUCACCUACCUCUGCAGUUUCGCAUCGAAAUCUCUCACACGGUUCUUCUACACGCCUCCUGCCCAACAAAAAGAAAUAUCCCGGGCGCCCAAGGUCCGACAUAUCGUCCUGGACGAGUCCGUCGUUCGCGGGAAAAGAGUGUUUUUUAUCGGAGACGUUCAUGGUUGCUACGACGAAAUGAUGCAGCUGCUCCACAAAGCGGAUGCUCUCAGUGAUGACACAGUGGUGAUAUUCGUAGGAGACAUGGUGAACAAGGGACCGAAAAGUCGGGAAGUUAUCGAUUUUCUGCGUCAUUCGAAGGUGUACGCCGUCAAAGGUAACCACGAAGACCACGUUCUGAGAGAGUACGACAACAGCCAAAACCCCGGAUACAAGCUCUCUCAGAAAUACACGUGGGUCGGGAAGCUAACUUUGGAGGAGGCGCAAUAUCUACGAGACCUGCCCUACACAAUUUCUCUACCGACUUACAACAUAAUUGCGGUCCACGCAGGACUAGUGCCGGGGAGACCCUUAGAAGAACAGAGUGAUUAUGAAAUGAUGACUAUGAGAAAUUUAGUGAAGACUGCAGACGGUUUUGAAGCCAGGAAAAGACCAACGGAAGGAAAGCCGUGGGCCGCGGAAUGGACAGGGCCGCAGCACGUCGUAUUCGGGCACGAUGCUGUGAGAAGACUUCAGCUCUACGAUCACGCCACCGGUCUGGAUACUGGAUGUCUCUACGGUGGAAACCUGACAGGAUUGUUACUAGGAAAGGAAAAGAAAAGGGAGAUUGUGAGCGUGAAGUCUCGCCAGUCAUAUGUCAAUACAGCUAAAGUAUAAUCUUAAUUGUACAUGUCUUAUCCAAUAUCAGAAAAAGUUAUAAGAGUAUGAAAACUACAUCUAAGAUAAAUACAAAGAUGAUAUGAUGUAGAACUACCUGUACUUGAUCCAGUGGUAAUAAUCUAAGUGAUAAUUAAAAGAGAUGAUUUGAAGAGAUAUUGAAUAUGUAUCCAUACAGGAAAGAAGUGUACAUGUACAUGAAUGUCUUUAUAUAACUGAUAGUCUUUCAUUCUGCUGCUGUUGUAAAGUAAUCAGGGCCAGGAAGAAUAUUUUAAGACAAGUGGUGCCAGCUAAGAAAGAGUUCAUAAGAAUAUAUACUGUACCUACGAGGGGUGAUCAAUAAGUCCUCCGUCUCACCCAGAAAUAAUAAGCACAACUCAGAUUUCGAAGCAUAGAUGUCAAGUAUAAAGCCUUAUAUGAAUGGUGUACCAAAAUUCAAAUUAGUGUGAUCUGAUUACUUUGUAGGCGACACCCAGGAAAAAAAACGUGGACAAUUGAGCUGCGACCUGAGGUGUGCGGGUCAACUUGCGCUGCUGGAAGUCAGACACCCACUUUCUGCUUGAAAUAGGAAGAGAACCAUUAUCAAACAUUUUGACAAUGUCUUUUGUUAUUAAAUGACAAAGAAUUUACGGCAUGGGGAACUCAACCCACACGUCUGAUCACAAUUCACCAUCAUUUUUCAUGCCACUUACAUGUACCUUCUAAUUUUCGAAAAACAAAUCCCUGUAAAGUUAUGACUGCAAUGAUUUGAAAUUUGGACGAUAUUGAUAAAAGGCUUCAUACUAUGAAAUUGUACUUCAAAGAGUUGUGUUUAUUAUUUCUGGGUGUGCCCAAUGACUUAUUGACCACCCUUUGUAUACAGAGAUUAGACUGAUUGUAUGUCUGUCUAAAAUGAAAGCAUUGUGAGGUGCUAUACAUGUAAAUUGCCUAAACCUUAUAAUUACCUAGUAAUUUUUGCUCCAUGUUUAAGUUAUUUUUUGCUGCAUGUUUAAGUUUAAGUUAAAGUGCCCUUUUCACAAGUAAUGACGAAGUUGUAAUUCUUCCAGCACAAAAUGGUGCAUUGGGCAGUGCCCGUCUCCAUUGCUAUAGCCCCGGGCCACACAGCUUUGUGCAAUCACUACAGUCCGCUAAUAGUGUUGUCUGGUGUGUGUUAAACUACCAUACUCUUUCCCAAACACGUACUAUCCAAGCAGAAGUUCAGCACCGGCUAUGUUUUAAGGCGUUUUUGUUUGGCUUACCGUUUUGGAUCGAUUUCAUUAAGAAACAGUUGGAGGCGAACCUCUGCUUGGAGAGUAUCAUGUACCAUCUUUAAAGUCUUUGGUACGACUGAUGGCCAGGGAUUUAAAGGUGCGCUCCCACCGCACUUGUGUCAAGCUUACGUCACUGCGGGGCUCAUCCACUGCGUCAUUGUUUUGUUAUUUUCUCCGAUAUUUUAUAAUUUAGAUAUAGCGUAAUACAUAAAAGUAUGACAUUAAAAGACGGAAUACGGGGACAGGCCCGUGUUGUAUUCUAUAUAUACUACAUGUACUGUAAUGUGUUGUUUGUAUGGCCACAAAUUAUAAAUGACCUGUGACAGUGCUAUCAAGAAUGAUUUUAUUUCAGAAGAAUAAAAUUAAUAUAAAUUGAAGAGUCCAGUGCAAAAUGAUGCUUUGUAUGGUUUUAAUAACAUGUCUUAAGUCAAGUAAAGAUUGCAUUGUUAGUGAUUUUA